AUGGCAACUAAAAACAAAGUUUCUGAAAUACAAGUUCAUUUCAGGAACUUAGAAACAAUGGGCGACCAAACAGUUGUCCAUAGGAAGAAAUUCGAAUUUGCUUUAGUUAUUGUCAGAAAAUUUGUAAAAUUAUUCUGUUCUGACGCUGUUUCGCAAGUUCCCAGAGAUACAGAUGAAGCAGUUGAUGAAAUUCUUUCAUUCUUCCAUCCAUUAUUGCAAAUUUUCAGUCAAAAUAUAAUUCAAACCUGGACUUAUCCAACAAUUGAGAAUCCACCAAAUUUUAUUUUAGAUCAAUUACUUGACUUAUUUACUAAAUUUCACAAUGCUGUUGAAAAAUAUGGAGAGGAUUUUUCUAAUAUCAUCAAUGUCAAUGCGCCAGAAUGGCAGCAAUUUAAUAAUCUUGAUCUCCGUGCAAUUCUUGCAUCAUUUACUCAAUAUAUCAAGCAGCCAAAUAUCUCAGAAGUUCUUUUAAAUAAAGUCAAAGCUAGACUUUCAUCAAUAGAAGAAAUUCUCUCUAAAAACAGUGAUGAAAGUUUAGUUGUUAGAACAUUCUCUCCUAUUCCUGUCAAUUAUCAAUCAUGGCUCGUUGAUUACAAUGAUUUUGAGGAAAUUAAAGAAAUUGGCCGUGGUGUUUCCGCACAUGUCUAUUACGGCAAGCAUAAAAGAACCGGAGAAUACGUCGCCAUUAAGAAAUUUACCUUCCAAAAACUGAAUUCUGCCAAAUUCCAAUCAGAUCAACGCGAAGUAGCCGUUCUUGCCACAGCCCAGCAUCCAGCACUACUCAGACUCAUUGGAGCAACCGAUUCCUGGCCAUUCUGCAUCAUAACUGAGUGGAUGGACGGUGGAUCUCUUUACAAAGCCAUCCAUACUCCUGGCCACAUGAAUGCCACGCUCCGUACAAUAGCAGCAUUUGAUAUAGCACGAGGUAUGCAGUUCCUUCAUUCAAGGAAGAUCGUUCACAGGGACUUAAAAUCCUUGAAUGUUUUAUUAGAUUCGAACAAAAAGGUUAAAAUCUGCGAUUUCGGGUUUUCACGGUUCGCAGAACAGUCAACAGAGAUGACCAGCAACAUCGGUACACCGCAUUGGAUGGCUCCUGAAGUACUAAAAAGAGGAUCAAGAUAUACAUCGAAAGUUGACGUUUACGCUUAUGGUGUUUUGUUGUGGGAAUUGUUGACUUCUGAAACUCCUUACGACGGUUUCGGUAGCCAACAGAUUAUUUCGGAAGUUUUGAAUUUCGAUGCAAGGCCACACCUUCCAGAACAAGGCAACAUGGCCAUGCGGGACCUAAUAACACUAUGCUGGGAUCGCGAUCCAAAUACGAGACCAAAUUUCGAUGAUAUCGUAAAAUUAUUCAAACAAGGAUUGGUGAUGUUCGAUGGUAGUAACACAGAAGAAGUACUCUAUUAUAUAGAAAAAAGUGCAACGGAAGGUGAGUUACUCAUUAACAUGGUCGAAAAGUCCUUCAAAGAUUUGAAAGAAAAUAAUCAAAUUUUUGACACUGUAAAGUUAAUUGAAAAAGUGGGUCUUCCACCAAUAUGUAUUGAUAGUUGCUGGGAGAUUGUUGAAUCAAUUUACUCGGCUUUCGUAAUAAGUAACCCGGAACAGCUUUCUAGGCUUUUAUUCGUUUUCUUCCAAACAUCAAAAGUAUAUUUCGUCUCAAAAUUGCUCAGACAGAUGCCGCCGAACUCAAUACCAUCUAGUAUCAUGGCAAAGUUCGUGGAAAACCUUCCGACAGGCAAUCCUGGGACAGAUACAAAUAUUGUUAUCUCGGCUUGCAAGAAUUCAUGCCACGACUUAGCAUCUAUUUACUGCGUUAACCCAAAGGAUAUCGCUUUGGCACUAGAAGUCUCUUCAGUUAAAGGAGUUGAACUACAAUUGAAAUACAUUGUGGCAGAUCGAUGCGUACAAGGGUUGAACAGCACAGAUAUUAGUCUACAGACCGCUGCAUUGCGCUGCCUCCUGUCGCUUGGCGAAUAUAAAAGAAUUCCGAUUAUUUUACUUGAAAAAUACACACAGAAUGAAGAUUUGAAAGGAUUAUCAACGGCAUCAUACAUAGCAUUAGCUUCAAAUGGAAUUAGAAUACCAAAGGCUGUUUUGAAACAAAAUUUGGAAAAUUUAGAAAAUUCCGAAAUUUCGAGAUUGCUUUUAUCAUCCGCGUGCGAGAAUGAAGAAAAUUCAAGAGAUAUUAUAGAGUUAUUAACAAAUAUUACUCAAAAUUCUGUUAAUUUACUUAUUCGAAUGGAAAAACAUGUUUCUUUGAGAGAUUUGAUUCUUGAAAAGAUUAAAAACGGAAGUACCCCUGAUUCAUUAGCUCAAAAGAUCAAGAAGGGCUUCCAAAAGUAA